CGCUCCGCUCCGCUCCGCUCCGGCUGUUCCGGGAGUCGGGCGGGCAGCGCGGGCCGAGACCCGGCGGACCGGACGACCUCUCCUUCGUCACUUCCUGCCGGCCCGCGGUUUCCGGAGGGAACGAGAAGCCAGGAAGAAAGAUCACAGCUUUCCCAGACUGGGAGGAAAAAUAUGGAAUGCGCGGUACCACUGGCUGAACACAACCAAAUGAACUGUACUGACCAUAGUUCAGAAACCAGCAGUUAACAAUUUCUUCAGGCUUCAACACUGUCCAGCACUUUCCAGAGCAGACUCACUGUUUACAAGAACUCUUGGCCUCCCAAAGUUAGCAACCUCAAACUUUGUUGAUUUAAAAUAUUUCUGCGAAAGAAAAGUACCCCAGAGCCCACUCUCCAAAAUGGCCAUGGAUGGGUAUCUGUGGAUGGUCAUUUUGGGUUUUAUUAUUGCUUUCAUCCUGGCAUUUUCUGUUGGUGCAAAUGAUGUUGCCAACUCGUUCGGAACCGCGGUGGGCUCUGGCGUGGUGACCUUGAGACAGGCAUGCAUUCUGGCUUCGAUAUUUGAAACCACGGGCUCUGUGCUAUUGGGAGCCAAAGUGGGAGAGACUAUACGGAAAGGCAUCAUUGACGUGAACCUCUACAAUAACUCUGUGGAGACCCUCAUGGCCGGGGAAGUGAGUGCAAUGGUUGGUUCAGCUGUUUGGCAGUUGAUUGCAUCCUUCCUGAGACUUCCGAUCUCAGGAACCCACUGCAUAGUUGGCUCUACUAUUGGCUUCUCACUGGUGGCCAUCGGUACGAAAGGAGUCCAGUGGAUGGAGCUGGUCAAGAUUGUUGCUUCCUGGUUUAUAUCGCCACUUCUUUCUGGCUUCAUGUCUGGGGUGCUGUUUGUGCUCAUCAGGAUGUUCAUCUUAACAAAGGAGGACCCUGUUCCAAAUGGUCUCCAGGCACUUCCUCUGUUUUAUGCUGCUACUAUAGCAAUAAAUGUCUUUUCCAUCAUGUACACAGGAGCACCAGUGCUGGGUCUGUCGCUCCCCAUAUGGGCCAUAGCACUCAUCUCCCUGGGCGUUGCUCUGCUGUUUGCCUUCUUCGUGUGGCUCUUCGUGUGUCCGUGGAUGAGGAGGAAAAUAGCGGGCAAAUUAGAAAAGGAGAGGGCCUUAUCGCGCACUUCUGACGAAAGCCUGAGUAAAGCCCAGGAGGUGGAGUCUCCCUUUAAGGAGCUCCCUGGUGCCAAAGCCAGUGACGACAGUGCUGUGCCCCUCACCAGCCCGGCUGGCGAGGCCGUGGGGCCCUCAGAAGGCACGUCAACAGGGAACCACCCCCGGACAGCCUAUGGUCGGGCACUUUCCAUGACUCAUGGCUCCGCAAAGUCGCCCAUCUCUAACGGCACGUUCGGCUUCGAAGGCCACAUGAGAAACGACGGCCAUGUUUAUCACACUGUACACAAAGACUCGGGGCUCUACAAAGACUUGCUGCACAGAAUCCACGGAGACAAAGGCUCCGAGGAGAAGCCCGCUCAGGAGAGCAACUACAGGCUGCUUCGGCGGAACAACAGCUACACCUGCUACACGGCGGCCAUCUGCGGCAUGCCGGUGCACACCACCUUCAGGGCCGCAGACGCCUCCUCCGCCCCCGAGGACAGCGAGAAGCUGGUGGGCGACGCGGUGGCCUACUCCAAGAAGAGGCUCCGCUACGACAGCUACUCCAGCUACUGCAAUGCGGUCGCCGAGGCCGAGAUCGAGGCCGAAGAGGGGGGCGUGGAAAUGAGGCUGGCCUCUGAGCUGGGGGAUCCCGACCAGCCUCACGAGGACCCCACGGAGGAAGAGAAGGAGGAGAAGGACACCGCAGAGGUCCACCUGCUGUUCCACUUCCUGCAAGUCCUCACUGCCUGCUUUGGGUCCUUUGCUCAUGGUGGCAAUGAUGUGAGCAAUGCGAUCGGUCCCCUCGUGGCUUUGUGGCUGAUCUACGAACAAGGUGCAGUUAUGCAAGAAGCCGCGACCCCGGUCUGGCUGCUGUUUUACGGAGGAGUUGGGAUUUGCACAGGUCUCUGGGUUUGGGGGAGAAGAGUGAUCCAGACCAUGGGGAAGGACCUCACUCCAAUCACACCGUCCAGUGGCUUCACUAUUGAGCUGGCCUCUGCCUUCACCGUGGUGAUCGCCUCCAACAUCGGGCUUCCCGUCAGCACCACACACUGCAAGGUGGGCUCAGUGGUAGCUGUGGGCUGGAUACGCUCUCGGAAGGCUGUGGACUGGCACCUCUUCCGGAACAUCUUUGUGGCCUGGUUUGUGACUGUCCCCGUGGCUGGAUUAUUCAGUGCUGCUAUCAUGGCUAUCUUCAUGUAUGGAAUCCUCCUGUCAUAGGUGUGAUUUUGUGUCUUCCAGCCGGUGCAUGGCUGUCGGGAUAGGCGAACAUGGGCAGGUGUGUCCACACCUCUCCACCCCUACUCUUUUUGACACAUACACACCCCUCCCACAUACCUUCCAGAUAACGGUUUCAUCCACACACUGCUUACCCCGGCCACAGAAGUUCAUCUUCCAGAAUUAACCUAACUACUGUACAUAGUAGUAUAUAUCAAACUGAUAUUGUGAUGACAUGAUGUGGUGCAGUUACUUAUAUUAUAUUGUGUACCUAGAAUAUGUAGCAUUUAUUUCAAACAAACUCAGAAUGAAAGUGAAGAGUAUUGCCCAGAAUGCAAUAUUCUGCUAACUGUAUAUAAUGAUUUCAGCGCUGGCAAGUGUUAAAAACUUUUAUUAAAGUGUAGGUUAUGAAAUCCUUUUUAAAAUAUACUGUAAUAUGAGUGAGAUACAGUAUACUUAAUACAAACUUGGGCAAGUUCUCGGGCCCUUGUGUGAUCGCAUAUGCUGAGACAGGUGUUCACAAGUGCUUUCCCUGAAGAAUGUGUUCAGAAGCUGUGUAUGAGUUACUGUGCAAUGGAUCACUAUUGCUUUUGUAAAUACUUAAACUGUAAUUUUAAUGCUCUGCUUCCCUUAUACUUUACUGAUUGGAGAAUUUUAGAAAGUACCAAAGAAAUAGGGGAUAAAUUGCCAGUAUUAUAUCUUCAUGUUGUGUGUUUCCCUUUCCACUGGCCACUGCAGUGAACCUGGUCCAUCAGCCAGGCAAGCUCUUAACUCAGCCAGAGCAGUGUGUGUGGCUGGAAGCACCAGCCGCCCACCAGCAGCAGCCACACCACUGCCAUCCCAGGUCCUGGGAAGCUCGUUCAGUGGCCUUUCACCAUCACCAGCGUGGACAGCAUACAGCAAGGGGGUGUAUAGUUAAACACUACAUACAUAUCAAGUCCAAUUCCAGUGUCCCUCCCUGCUCUGCCCUGUAGCCUGAACCACGGAAUUCUGGUCGCAGACAUUAAAGCCAGAGAGGCUUUUGAUGCGUCUGAAUGCUGUGAACCUUGGGGCCGAGCGGGAAAUAUUAGAAAGGACGCUGGGCUUGGGGAUCCGAGGCCUUUUCUAUGUAGAGCAUCUGAGGUCCUCCUGUAGAGCCACUGUUGUGUUCUGAUGGUGAGAGACAGUGUGACUAAAACGUUAAGAGCCUGAAACCAUGGAAAUGCUGCUAAUAUUUUUAUAUUGACAUACAUUUUCACGGUACUUCAUUGUAAUUUUUUCAUUAAUCAACCAUAUUAAAUUUAUAAUAAAAAAAGUGCCCCUCAAAAUUUUA